AUGCUUCCGCGAAGCCGCCGCCAGGCCCAGCAGCAGCUGCAGGGCCAGCACGCUCCCGCCACGAUCGGCUCGCUGAGCGACGACCUGCUGGCCAAAUGCUUCGCCCUGAUCGGGCAGAAGGACCUGCUGUCCAGGGCGGCGCUGGUGUGCCGCCGCUGGCGUGCGGUCAGCGCCAGGACUGAGCUGCUGCGGGAGGUGGCGUUCUAUGGCAGUGCCAGUGAGGGAUCCGCCACGGUACAGCGCGCCCCCUCGCUGCUGCUGUGGAUGCAGCGGCACGGCCAGGGCGUGCGCAGCCUUGACCUGGGCCUCGGAAUCCGUGACACGCGCGGCACUGAUGAGGAGAUGGAGGUCGUGUCCCUGCUAGACGGCUGUAUCACCGUCUGUGCCGGCAGCCUGGAGCGCCUGACGCUGUGCCUAUUCGGCCACAGCUACACGCUUGGGGCCUGGACAGCCAUAGCGCAUCGCCUGGAAGAGCUGACGCUCGACAUGGAGAUCUGCACGGUCUGGGCCACCCUGGAGCACCUGACCUCCCUGCAGCGCCUGCAUCUCGACGCUGUGGAGUGGCAGCUGGGCACCACCAUGGCCCUGCCCGCCUCGCUCACCCGCCUGUGCAUCUCAAACCACGACGCAGAGGAGCCGCCCUCCCAAUGGCAGGUGGCCACUCUCGCCAACUUGCGCAGCCUCCAGUUUUCCAGGGUUGGCUACCACUCAGCCAGCAUGACCUCCCUGCGCCAGCUCACCUCGCUGCGCCACGCAGCAUUUUCGCAUUGCCACCUGCCAGACAGCCUGUCGGAGCUGACUCAGCUGGAGGUGCUGGAGGUUCGCAGUCCCGAGGGCCCAGCCGAUGCUGUGGCAUCCAGCCUGGGCGGUGCGCUGCAGCAUUUGACACAGCUGACGGGGCUGUGGCUUGACGACAUGCCCGCAGCGGCCGUGGGCCUGGCAUCGUUGGCGCCGCUGGGCCGCCUGCAGUGGCUGUACCUGGGGCUGCGGGACCCAGCAGAUGAAGCAGAGGCUGCUCUGCUGCGUGGCUCAGCACUGCCGCUGGGCCCCUGGCAGCGCAGCCUGCGGCGCCUGGCCACAUCCUUUCAGCUUGCGCAGCAGAGCCUGCCGUUUUUGGCUGGAGCGGAGCAGCUGGAGCACCUCGCUUUCUUCCAGCCUCCAGCAAGGCAGCACGGCAGAUCAGCAGAGUGGCGCGCCUUCUGGCAGUGGGCGGGAGAGCAUGCGCCCCAUCCAGUCACUACCCCUGCACCUGCCCAAGGCCAGGAGCCCGCGGCCGCCACGAUCGGCUCGCUGAGCGACGACCUGCUGGCCGCGUGCUUCUCUUUGCUGGAGCAGGCGGAUCUGCUCUCCAGGGCGGCCCUGGUGUGCCGCCGCUGGCGUGCGGUCAGCAGCAUGCCAGAACUGGUGCAAUGCCCGAACUACACCCUGGGCAGCUGGGCGGCGGCAGUGCACUGCCUGGAAGAUCUCAAGCUCUCAAGCUUCGUCACCUUCACGGCUUGGAUCUCCCUUGAAGGCCUGACCUCCCUGCAGCGCCUGCAUCUGGAAGCACAGCAGUGGCAGCUGGGCGCCGCCGUGGCCUCCCUCACCAACCUGCGCAGCCUUACGCUGGAUUUUGUUCAGUACAGCGCAGCCAGCAUGGCCAGCCUGACACGGUUCACCUCACUGCGCCGUGCAACUUUUGAACUGUGUGCGCUGCCCGGCAGCCUGUCAGAGCUGACGGGGCUGCAGGUGCUGGACAUCAACUGCCCAAAGGAGGCUGCCGUUGCCAGCCUGGCCGCAGCCCUGCCCCGGCUCACCCAGCUGACGGGGCUGCGGCUGGAGGGGCUGCCAGCAGCGGCCACGGCCUCGGCAUCCAUUGCCGCCCUGACCCGCCUGCACUGGAUCUAUUUGUGGCCCAUGACCGCCUUACGACGCGAAGCGGCUGUAGCAGAGGAUGCACUGCCGCUGGGGCCCUGGCAGCGCAGCCUGCGGCACCUGAUGACAACAUUUCUGCUGGCGCAGCGCAACCUGCGCUUCCUGAGCGGCGCAGAGCAGCUGCAGCGCCUCAGCUUCCUGCAGCCGCCAGCCCCCCCGGCUGGUGCCGAGGCACAGUGGCACGCCUUCUGGCGCUGGGCGGAGAAGCAUCCGCCCCUGCAGUCUAUUGGCUUUGAGGCAGAGGAAGCGGUUGAUACGCCCCUGGUGGAGGCAAUGCUGCAGCUGCAGGCCCGGCGCCCAGCGCUGCUCAUUGACACCCGGCUCGAGGUGCACUCCCUUUGCAGGGAGCACUAUUCCGAUGUGUCUUCAGAUUGA